AUGUAUGGAUUUGCAUUCUGUGUAAUGGAGGAAAUAGAUCUCGAGAAAUUUCAAAUGAGUUUUGUUACGUAUGUGAAAGGUUACCUUAUCACCUUUGUGAGACUGCUGCUUGGAAUUGACGCUGAACACAACUCCGGGCAUCUCUCAAGUAUCCGUAUAAAGCGUACGACCCUGGCACGAUACAAGACGUAUAGGGAGCUCUACCACGCUCUCUGCUCCACUACCGGGGAGAUCCCAAUAGCCCUGUACACUGACAACCAGUCCAAUGUGACAUCAACUGCUACACCCACCACCACAACCCCAGCGAACAACAACAACCCGUACGAAUCUUUGACGCCUAACGGCAAGAAAGGUCACCGUGGCAAACACAACGACAUUCUCAGCCGUAAGGCAAGCAGUCAUGUGAUCAUACAGAAGAACUGGAACAACCAGAACCCGGAGCGUGAGGACAUCACGGACCUGAUACGCAACCGCAUGAAGAGCCUUGACCUCUCUGUCAAUGACUACUGUGAUGCGGAGUACAAGAAGAACGACAUCUGCUACAUGAUCCUCAACCCGUCGCCGAAGAGAAAAUUGAGAGCUGGGGACCUUGUGUAUGUGAUCCAGCCGAGCUCCAUGUUUGCCAUCCCCAGUCGUCUAAACCGCACAAAGCAGAAACGUGCAAAUAUGCAGCGCUCUGGCUCUGACACAGAUCUCAACAAGCCCACGAACAAGGACAGCGCCUUCUCAAGGGACAGAACUCACUCACUGUCGUCACAGGAACGUAGCACAAGGAGUAGAUUUACUGUGGGCUCUGUGGAAAUUUAGUAGAGUGACUACCCUUGUGAGUUCUGUAGAAAAGAGUGACUUCCCUUUUGAUAUAUGUGGAAAAGAGUGACAUCCUUUGAGUGUUCCUGAGUAGAGUGACUUUCUUUGAUUGUUCUGUGGAAAAGACCAACUUCACUUGAUUUUUGCAGAAAAAUGUGA